AUGUUAGAAGUUCCACAUGGAAGUAAGUUUGUUGUACCCUCAGGAGACGAGUCAGCUCUUGCUGUUGCAGUUUCCAUGACACCAGUAUUUGCACUGGUUGAUGCUAGUCAUCCAUCAUUUCAGUUCUAUACAUCUGGUAUCUAUGACGACCCGGAUUGUUCCCAAACCGUAUUAGACCAUGUUUUGUUGGUUGUAGGUUUUGGCACUUCAGAUGAGGGAGAAGAAUAUUGGAUUUGCCAGAAUUCGUGGGGUGUAUCAUGGGGUAUGCAGGGAUAUAUACUUCUUGCUAGAAAUAAAGGAAAUAGAUGUGGUCUAGCAACACAUGCAUCGUAUCCAUAUUAA